AUGUCUGACUUUUCUGACUGGUACAAUGGAAUUCCUCAGAUCACACGGUAUUGGUUCACAGCGGCUACAGUUAUUCCUUUACUGGGACGGAUCGGGAUAAUCCCCGUUGGUCUCAUGUAUCUGGACUGGAGCCUCUUCUGGGAUAAAUUCCAGGUAAGAAAGUUCUAUCUUCUUAUUUAUUAUUCUUUAGAUUUGGCGCCCAAUAACUGCCUUCUUAUAUUAUCCAUUAACUCCACAGACCGGGUUUCACUGGUUGCUGACAAUCUAUUUCCUCUACACUUACUCCAAGAGCAUCGAGACCAGUCUUUUCAGUCAACGUCCUGCUGAUUACGUGUUUAUGUUGUUCUUUAGCUGGGUUUGCGCCGUGGUAUGUGUCAAUUACAAAAUUCGCAAUUUUUAUAAUUUUUGGAUAAGUCUAAUGCCUCAAUUUCAGUUUAUCGGGUUUGCUUUUGGGAUGUAUUUCCUUCUGGAGCCGAUGGUUUUAAGUGUCCUUUACAAUUGGUGUCAAUUCAACAAAGAUGCGAUUGUCUCGUUCUGGUUUGGCACUCGCUUCAAGGCUCUGUACUUGCCUUGGGUUCUCGUCGCUUUCAACAUGAUCUUGAGGUAUGUGUUUUAAAAACCUGGAGUCUUCCGUUCUUUACUUCCCUUUUGCCCAGCUAUAAUAAUUUUUCAGAGGCGGUGGACUGAAUGAGAUUGCUGGCAUCUUGAUCGGACAUGCCUAUUAUUUCCUGGCAGUCCAAUAUCCGGCUGAAAGAGGAACGGCUCCUCUUAUUCAGACCCCUCAGUUCUUGUAUCGAUGGUUUCCCAGUAUUCAAGGAGGAGUUAGCGGUUUCGGACAACCGUCCAGCAGGCCUGCCCCAGCGGCUGAACGUGCCCAACCUCGACAACAAGGAGCGUUUUGGGGUGAAGGGCAUGCAGUUGGAGGAAACUAA